CUCUCUCUCCCUCCCUCUCCCUCUCCCUCUCUCUGCUCGCAGCGGGUCGUACAUUUAACCCCGCCACUUCUGAUCGGAGCUCGCGGUCGGAGUCUGCAGCGGGGCUGGGUGGCUCCUUCACGAACUCCUCUGAGGACGGCACUCCCUCCCGGCAAAAAAAGGAACAAAAGAGGGGGAAGGAAGGAAGGAAAGAAGGACCGACCGGACGAACGGGAUCGGACGGUGAAACCGAACGCCGCGAGCGCUGGAGGAACGGAGGGGGGGGAAAGAAGAGAGACGAAAACAAACAGCUGGGCUGGAAGAUGUGCGCUAUGCAUGCCCUAGUGUUAGAGAGGCCGAAAGGGCUGUCGGGGCUGGCCGCGGCUCUCCUGCUCCUGCUGGAGGUGAGCAGGUGUGCGGGCUGUAGGACGGGCUCCCUCUCGGAGUGCCAGGCAGCCCCCUUCGUGCCCGGGCACAACCUGGCGGGGGAGGGGUUCGACGUGGUCAGGAUGCAGCGCAAGGGCGCGUACGUGAUCGACGUCCGGGCCUACCUGUCGCCCAACGGCACCUGCGCGCUGUGCGAGAACCGCCUGCAGGGCGGGGCGGCGCAGAAGGUCCCGGCGUCCGCGCUGGACUGGCGGCCCUUCAGCCGCUGCAGGAAGCAGCUGUCCAGCGCCCUGCACCACUCCGUCGACUCGCUGGUGCGGAGCUCCGCCUCCCUCGUCGACAGCGACUGGGGCGCGGGCCUGAACGUGGAGGACCUGGGCGCGGCCAUCCUGCGGGGCAGCCGCUCCGAGAUCGCCCAGUUCGCCAGGGCCCAGUUCAGCCUGGACAAGGCCACCUUCGCCACGCACGAGAUCAGCUGCACGCACUACAGUUACAGACUGGCGGACCACCCAACACUCAGUGGAGAGUUCUCUAAGCACCUUCAGGGCUUGCCCAGCGAGUACGACGACCGCACCAGCCACCGGUACCGCCAGGUGAUCGACACGUACGGAACUCACUACAUCCGGCAGGUGCACCUGGGCGGCCGGGUGAGGCGCAUCACCGCGUUCCGCACCUGCCUGGCGACCCUGCAGGGCUUCUCCGAGACGGAGAUCAAGAAGUGCCUGGACGUCGAGCUGAAGAUGGCGCUGGGCUUCCUGCCCGCCAACCUGUCCCUCACCCACAAGUGCAGCAGCAUUCUCAGGGACAACAUGACCACGGGCUUCUACCAAGGCUUCAUGACGCACAAGAUCGAGGUCCUCGGAGGGGAGAAAUACUUCCCGGACGUCCUGUUCAACCAGGAGCCCUCGACGGCCUACGGCAGCUGGAUGAGCAGCCUGUACGACAACCCCGACGUGGUCUCCUACUCGGUCCUCCCUCUCCACCACCUGGCCGGCGACCCGGGCGUGAGCGCCAACCUGAGGAGAGCGGUUCUGGAGUACAUAGAGGAGAACAAGCUGGAGGCGGCCCAGAGCAACGCCGACACCUGCUCCCCCGGCCCCAACCUGGACCACCACUGCUGCCCCCUGCGGGCGGGGCUCGGCCGCCUGAGGAUCGUCGUGGAGAGGGCCGCCGGCCUGAAGGCCGACGUCUUCUCCCAGGCCGACGGGUUCGUCAAGGUGUCGUACGGCGAGCGCUACGAGGAGACGGACGUGAUCAAGAACGACGCCCAUCCCAGGUGGAACGCGACUUAUAACUUCGGCACGGUGGAGCUGGGCCGUCAGCUGACGUUCGAGGUCUGGGAUCGAGACCUGUUCUUCCACGACUUCCUGGGCCAGUGCAAAAUCUACCCUGAACGAGGCGUUCACUCGUACAGCUGCAAACUAAACCAGGGGGUCUUCUAUUUCACCUACAGCGUCACGUGUGACCAGCAUCUGACCGGCUACAGGUGUGGAAGAUACUCUCCGGGUCAUUGAGAGAUAAAGCACUUUGGAAAGCAUCGCAACGAUUAGCCUAUCAAGGCCUGUUCUGACUAAACCCAAAGAAUCCAAGGCUAGCUCAGCAAAGCUCCUUGUUUGAUUAUGGGAUAAUUUUUCCUAAAUUGCUCUUUUUGUUUUAUAAUUGCACUUCUGUUAAUGUUUUGCGACAUACUAAUUUUCAAUUCGACAAUGAUUCAGUCAUAUUUCUUCAAAUUGUACAGUAUAUUUCUGUUUGCUAAUAAAUGAAACCUGUACCACAGAAAAAA